AUGGCUGUUUCAGAGGCUGGUGCAAUGUUUAUUAAAGCAGUCAACACUCAAGGGUCAGUGAAGGACAAAGAGUACAUUUCUAAGUUGAUCAUUGAGACAAUUACGGAAGUUGGGCAUCAGAAUGUUGUGCAAGUAAUCACGGAAAAUGCACCAGUUUGUAAGAGUGCAGGGCUACUUGUAGAAGGUCAGUUUAAACACAUUUUUUGGACUCCAUGUGUAGUCCACACACUAAACCUUGCUUUAAAGAAUAUAUGUCAUCCGAGAGAUAUUCGAACUAAUGUUUUAGUAUAUGAAGGGUGUGCUUGGAUUAGUGAAAUUAUUGCUGAGGUGGUACUGAUCAGAAACUUCAUCACUAAACAUUCCAUGAGAUUAGCCAUGUUUAAUGAACAUGUGGAGUUAAGAUUAUUCACACUUGCAGAGACACGUUUUGCCUCUAGUAUUAUAAUGAUUCAAAGAUUUAAAGAUGUGAAGCAAGGACUCCUUAACUUGGUAAUUUGCAAUCAAUGGUCAUCAUAUAAAGAUGAUGAUCCUAAUCAAGCAUUGUUUAUAAAAGAGAAGUUGUUGGAUGAUGAUUGGUGGAACACUUUGCAGUAUGUUAUUGAUUUUACAAAACCUAUCAUAGAAAUGCUUAGAUUAUGCGACACAGACGAGCCUUGUCUUCACUUGGUUUAUGAAAGGUGGGAUCGAAUGAUAGAUGAGGUAAAGAGCAUUAUACAUCGCCACGAGGGCUUACAAGAAUAUGAUAUUUCACCAUUUCAUAUGGUGGUGGACGGGAUUUUAACAGAUCGUUGGAGUAAAAGUAGCACACCGCUUCACUCUUUGGCACAUUCAUUGAACCCAAGGUAUUAUAGUCGUCAGUGGCUUGAUGAACGUCCAGGGCGUGUUCCACCACAUAGAGAUCUUUUGAUUGCAGGUCAAAGAUUGAAGUGUUUCGAGAGGUAUUACGAUGCGGAUGAGUUAAGAGAAGUUAACAUUGAGUAUGCUAAGUUUUCAUCUUGCCGUGAAGAAUUUGCAAAUGCAAAUACCAUAAAUGAUAGAUGGAGUAUGAAUCCUUAUGUGUGGUGGGUUACUUAUGGGGUGUAUGCUCCUUUACUUCAGCAAAAAGCACUCAUGUUGCUUGGCCAACCUUGUUCAUCUUCUUGUAGUGAGAGAAACUGGAGUACGUAUAGUUUCAUAAAUUCUGUGAAGAGAAAUAAAAUUACUCCACAAAGAGGUGAAGAUUUGGUAUUUGUUCAUACUAAUCUUCGUCUCUUAUCAAGACGAAGCCCAGAAUACUUGCUAGGGGAUACAAGAAUGUGGGACAUUGGAGUUGCUGAUAUUUCUCUUAAUGAGCCAGAGAUGGAACACAUGAUAUUGGAUGAUAAUGAAGCUAAUGUGGAGGAGCUAUACCCCCUGCUGGAUCCUGGAUGUAGCGGCAUUCACAUCAUACUUGGAGGAUCCUUGUUUUUUGGGCUAGUAUUUGGUUCAUGA